AUGAACGGCGCUGAGUACGUUCCUGGUGCGCUGACAACAUUGUUGAGUGGUGGAUGUGCUGAUAUAGAGCCCAACGAUUCAACUGAUCCAAAAAGAUCGUCCAAGAAAAGGAAAGGGACAAAACGCAAGAAGGCUCCCAAUAGUAUUGAUGACAGUGAUGAAACACCAUCGAAUACGGCAUCAUCUCUGUUCGAUAAAAGUGAUUCGAAUGUGAAGAUACCAGAAAUGCCUGUAGGAAGUGCACUAAUCGAACCAAAAAAACCGAAACUGGAAGAAGAACGGACUGAGGAACGUGCGAAUAAGAAGUUGAAAGGUAGAGAAACUCAAAGACUGAAUAAUCGUACAUUGAAAGCAAAACAAACCGAAGAGGAGCAAGAACGUACCGUAUUCGUUGGGAAUGUACCUAAAUCAGAAACACGUAAAACUAUCAAGAAAUUAUUUUCGAAAUAUGGAACAGUUGAAAGUGUGCGAUUACGAUCAGUAGUAAGUGGCAGCGAGAAAACGUCGAAAAAGGUGGCCGUUCUCAAGCAUGAUUUCUCAUCCAAAAUGCAGUCUUUAAUUUUCUAUGUUAAAUUCACUGAAGCUGAUUCUGCAAAGGAAGCUCUAGCUAUGAAUGGUGAACUAUUAAAAGAGCACAAACUUCGAGUGGAUAGCUGUGCUGCAAAGAAGAAUUACAAUAGUAAAACAACGGUAUUUGUUGGGAAUGUACCGUUCGAUACGCAAGAAGAUCUGCUUCGUGGUUAUUUCGAGAAGUGUGGUGAAGUCGAGUUUGUUCGUAUUGUUCGAGAUUCGAGCACAGGAAUUGGCAAAGGAUUCGCGUUCGUUUCAUUUAAAGAUAGUGCGACGGUACCGAUCGCGAUCAAAAUGAGUGGAUCAACUUUCAAUAAGCGAGAACUGAGAGUUACUCGGAUCCAGAAAAAAAAUAAGGUCACUUCGUAA